AUGAUCAGGAGGCUUAGUCCAGAUUUAAUAUCAGACAGCGAGGAAGAGAGACUCAGAAAGUGUCAAUCGGUUUCACUUGAAAUCAUUGAAAUAUCCUCAGACGAUGAUGACAACUCGCUUACAACAGAUGGUACUCGACAGGGCCAGAACACUCCCGUCAACACAGGCUCAUUUCGUGGACCGUCCGAAAUUAUCGAAUUGACAGAUAGUGAUACUCCGAGUCACGAUACAUCCUCUGACUUUCCAGACAAAUUGACUGAUCUUGUCAAGAGCCCCACCAAAAUUCCGAGGAAACCUGUAGCUCAGCGCCCGAAAGACUUCCUAUCACUUUAUGUUGAUGAGAGCGAUGCAGACGAUGGUUCCAUUCUCGUUUUGAAUGAGCCUCGAAGUGCACGCAAACCCAUUCGCCGUGCUCAGAUAUCCACUGUCAAUUCACAUUCAUCUGGAGAGGAUAAAAGGCUGUCUGGCACCUCUCAAGCAAUCUUAGGCAGCAUAACGCCACGAAUAAAUAAACCACCCCCCAGGAUCCCCACGCGCAGAAAAGCAGAGGAGCAGGCACGUCGCGAGAAAUAUGCUGCACAGCUCUUUGAAGAGCUUAAUAGCACAAUAUUUAACAACGGUCUCCCCCGAGAGACGAAAUUGAAUUGGAACAAACGCCUCUUAACUACCGCGGGAAGGGCCAAGUGGCACAGGUCUAGGGAUGGUGUUCAGACGACAGAGAUCGAGUUGGCUACCAAAAUUUUGGAUUGUGAUGAACGGAUACGAAAUACUUUGUCGCAUGAGAUGUGUCAUCUGGCAUCCUGGAUCAUCAAUAGCAGCCCGAAAGAAGGUCAUGGCCAAAUUUUCAAAGCCUGGGCCAACAAAGUGAUGGUCAAGCAUCCAGAAAUCGAAAUCACAGUAGGCAACUACGAGCGCAAAACAAGGCACAACUAUGAGAUUUCCUACCCAUUUGAGUGGAAAUGCGAAAAGUGUUCAAAAGUGUAUGACAAGUUUAGCAAAUCCAUCAGACCUGAUGAAUGCGUUUGUGGCGUUUGUAAGAUCGGAAAACUCAUCCCCCUCUUCAUGCAAAGAGCACCUAGGACCCCUAAGGCCAGCAGGAUGGCUACUGCUCUGCCUCGAGAUUCCCCUCGUCCUGUCCAGGAAACCAGGCAAACCCCGACCGAUAGCACGGUGUAUUCUAUAUCAUCAGAGGAUGAGGUGGACAUAUUGAUCGGCGCCAUUGACCAUGUGACUCUGAACGAUGGUGAAACUCCGCUUCGAGCUACGUAGUCCUACAUUUAUGAUGAUCUACCCAUUGGUUUAUCGGACUGGUAACCAGAUGGAUACUUUAGCGACGAUAAGGAUAGACUAAAAAUACAAAGGCAAUUUGCUACAAGAGUAUACCCAUCUACAAAUAUCAAAUAUUUACUCGUCCUGUUUUUACAGGUAGCCGCGUGCCGAAUUCAAAUUGAUCGUAUACGUAGGGCCGCGUCAGAAUUGCGUUGAACUUUUGUACAUCUGUAGCAGGCUCAAAAACAAAAUGAGUGAUGAGAGUAGCCAGGAAUAUCUUGGUUUGCAACAUCGAGAACUUCCAGCCCGGACAAGCAUGUGGACCAAGUGAGAACGUCAUCAGGUUCGCGAUUCCUGGAUGAGAGGGAGCGCGUGCAGAGUUAGGCAGACAAAACCAGCGAUCGGGG